AUGCUGCACCUACCUGAUCUCACCCCAAGAUUGCAUCCGAUUGAGAGUCUACAUCUGAACGGCAAACGUCAACACGAAGAAAUGCUCUCCCGCCAGUCAAAGACCCCAGCAGAGGCAGUGAUUGAAUAUCGCCGACGCUACCAGCGAGAGCCUCCAGCUGGAUUCGAAGAGUGGGUAGAGCUCGCGUUGAAGAAAGGUCUUGUGCUUAUUGACGAAUUCGAUGGCAUGACUAAGGCGUUUGAUCCUUUUCUCCAGAUCGACUCAUCUGUCUUGAAGCAGUUUUUCGCUGCAAUGCCUCGUGAUCUGGCAGAGUUAGUCGAAGUCAACAUCACAAGCUCGAAGAUUGCUUGGAGUGCUGAUAAACCUGGAUCCUAUUUUGGCGAUUCGAUCAACAGCUGGUUGUCGAAAGAUCCUGCCUAUAUGGCCAUAUUGCCCAACACCACAAUCUUGGUCAACACGUUUGACGAGUCUAAGGUUGUGAUACCGGCAGACUUGCUUGCCAACGGAACAAGAAAGACCGAUCACAAGGCCAAGGUCGAUGUCCUCACGUUAAGUCAUGAACAUCCUUGGACAAACGUAACAUUAUCCUGCGCAGCAUCAUCACCAGCAAGAUGCAACACUACGACCCCUCACACCGACAGAAUCGAGUUUGUGUCCAACAUCACCGAAAGUCAAGACGUCUGUACGCACCGCGACUUUGAACAGGAAUACGCGUUCCUCAACAAUCCUGAUACUCUAAGACUCAUACAUGCUCCUGUGCCGGUAUGGUCUCAAGCAUCACCUUCAACCUUCCAGGAUAUCAUGUUCCCUAGCCCUUACUACCGAGCACACUGGGGCGACUACAAUGCCGAAAAAGAUACCUACUGGGAGGAAAAGAAAAACAACAUCUACUGGACAGGCUCCACGACAGGCGGAAGAAACACACCCGACAACUGGCGUGGCAUGCAACGCCAAAGAAUGGUUCUCAACACCAUGCGAAAGACUGGACCUCACAACAUAACUCUACUUGAGCAAACCAAAGGUAGAAAAGACUGGAAGCAAGUCACCGCCAACUCGACUUCCUUGCAAAAUCUCCUCACCAUCUUUGUUAACGGCAUCGUACAAUGCGAUGAUUCCUCCUGCGAAGAAAUGAAACGGGCUUUCGCCGACAAAGGCGACACCGCAAUGUCCGCCUCCCAAGGCAGCAAGUACGUCCUCGACAUGGACGGCAAUGGCUUCUCAGGCCGCUAUUACCGUUUACUGCGCUCAAACUCUGCAGUCGUCAAGCAGACGAUUCUCAAAGAGUGGCAUGAUGAUUGGUUGGUUCCUUGGGUACAUUUUAUUCCGUUGUCGCUGGACGGCAACGAGAUUUGGGAGAUGAUGAGAUUUCUGGGAUCGACGCAGCGGGGAGAUGAGAUUGGUGCUGAUAUUGCGAAGAGUUCGACUCAGUGGGUUGGGAAGGUGUUGAGAGAGGUUGAUACCGAGUUGGUGGUUCUGAGAUUGGUGUUGGAGUAUGCUAGGCUUUUCGAUAGGGUGGCAUGA